AAAACCUUCCCCUAUAUCACUGUUCUUAUAUGGCAUAAAAGAACACACAGUGGAGAGAAGCCUUACAAAUGUAAUCAAUGUGGUAAAGCCUUUGCAAAAAGCAGUCAGCUCAUACAGCAUAAAAGAACACAUACUGGAGAGAAACAUUAUGAAUGUAAUGAGUGUGGCAAAGCCUUUGCAGAAAACAAUACUCUCUUAAGCCAUAAAAGAACACACACUGGAGAGAAAGCUUAUGAAUGUAACCAAUGUGGUAAAGCCUUUGCACAAAACAGUCAUCUCAUAAGCCAUAAAAGAACACACACUGGAGAGAAACCUUAUGAAUGUAAUGAGUGUGGUAAAGCCUUUGCAAAAAACAGUCAUCUCAUGAGCCAUAAAAGAACACACACUGGAGAGAAACCUUAUGAAUGUAAUGAGUGUGGCAAAGCCUUUGCAGAAAACAGUACUCUCUUAAGCCAUAAAAGAACACACACUGGAGAGAAACCUUAUGAAUGUAAUGAGUGUGGCAAAGCCUUUGCAGAAAACAGUACUCUCUUAAGCCAUAAAAGAACACACACUGGAGAGAAACCUUAUGAAUGUAACCAGUGUGGUAAAGCCUUUGCACAAAACAGUCAUCUCAUAAGCCAUAAAAGAACACACACUGGAGAGAAACCUUAUGAAUGUAAUGAGUGUGGCAAAGCCUUUGCAGAAAACAGUACUCUCUUAAGCCAUAAAAGAACACACACUGGAGAGAAACCUUAUGAAUGUAACCAGUGUGGUAAAGCCUUUGCACAAAACAGUCAUCUCAUAAGCCAUAAAAGAACACACACUGGAGAGAAACCUUAUGAAUGUAAUGAGUGUGGUAAAGCCUUUGCAAAAAACAGUCAUCUAAUGAGCCAUAAAAGAACACACACUGGAGAGAAACCUUAUGAAUGUAACCAGUGUGGUAAAGCCUUUGCACAAAACAGUACUCUCUUAAGCCAUAAAAGAACACACACCAAAGAGAAACCUUAUGAAUGUAACCAGUGUGGUAAAGCCUUUGCAGAAAACAGUCAUCUCAUAAGACAUAAAAGAACACAUACUGGA